AUGUUACGCUCAUUGGCUUCUAAGGGGUAUGACGCAAAGGCAAACAUUAAGGUACCCUACGAUUAUGCAAGUUCAAUUUGUUCGGCAUUAAAUGCACAUUUGGUGUCUAUCCAUUCUGAAAUUGAAAACAGUUUUAUUAACAAAGUGCAUAAUAUUCGAUCUAUCUGGUUGGGCUUAAAACUGACAAAAAAUUUUGACUGGAAAUGGGAAGACGGAUCUGUUUACAAUUAUUCCAGCUGGGAUAUUUUACAACCAAAUGGUUGUUGUGGUGCAAAUGUUAGAUGUGCAAAAAUGAACUGGAUUAUCAAAAAUGGUAAAUGGCACGACCUGUCUUGUCAAGAUGAAAGUGGUGUCGUAUGCAAAUAUGAUCCAAAAAACCGAAAUGUAAAUGGGCAAAAUAUGGCAGAAGAUGAAACGCAAGGUUUGCCCAAAAGACGAAUAAAAGGUCCUUUGUCACAAGAGGCUACGACUACAGAAGCAGGGGUAAAAGCAGAAAAUGAAAAACAAUCAAAAAAUAAUAGCCAACAAAAAAACGACAACAGAUUUUCGUCUAAAACUAAGUGGCCGUCAAAUAUAAUUGCUGAUUACUCAUUCCGACGGUCAGUUAAGCAACCCAAAACAGUCACAACCACUUCAGAAGAAACACAGACACCUAAUUUUGAAGAGGCAAUUUCUGAUGAUAUCAGUGCAACAAAUUCUGCUAAAAAAACAAGUGUGAAUGCUAAAACUUUACUUGCUACUGUCUUAGAAAUACCUGCAAAUGAUACAGCACCCUCAAAGAUAGAAAUGAAACCUAAAAAUGAAAGCUUAGAAAAAUCUACCAUCAGCAGUGCAUCUGAACGUAACUACGGCUUUGACGGCACGAUAACUGAGCCUUCAGAUGUCAAAGAGAGCCAGUCGAUAACCAGAGGUUAUGGUUUUAAUUCAACAACAUUUGAUAUAACAAAACAGAUUUCAACCAAUUUUGCUAUCGAUAAAGAGAGUAGUUCCACUGCAGUACCAGAGGAAAACAUGCUACUUACACGACCAAAAGACGAGCUUACUUGUUCUUCUGAGGCUCCAUCAACCUACAAUUCUAUAAAAAAAUUGGCCACUUCUCAUGAAGAUACUUCAGCAAAAGCGAUAGCGGUAGAGACAUCUGAAAGGAGAAAUGGAACUAUGGUAGAUCAACAGUUUGUCACUCAAACCGAUUUCAAAACGUCCACUACAGCCAUUACAACGGCGGCAGAAAAAUCCUUUUCAGUAUCUACUAUUAGGAAUUAUGUUGACAAGCGAAUUUUUCUAGAAAAAAAUUCCUUCACUACACCAUCUAUUCCGCUCGCUGAAUCUGCUACAACAGACUUUAAUACACCUUCAAAUUCAGAGAAUAACGCUUUUAGACUACUGAGCAACACAAGUACACCUAAAAAAAACGUUGACAAACGUAAGCGGUGUGUACCAAAGACCGUUGGUGACGGGAAUAUAGUAUGCGUUUGUAACGCAACAUAUUGUGACGAGUUUCCUAGCGUUGGAAAGCUUCAUUCUCAUCAAGCAGUAAUUUUACAAACAACAAAAAGCGGUAAACGAUUUGAAAAGUCUUCAGGAAACUUCUGCUACAAAAGGCGCAAAGAUAGGGCAUCAAAAGAAAUUAUAAUCACUGUAGAUGCUAGGAAAAAAUAUCAAGAAUUUAUUGGAUUUGGAGGUUCUUUCACUGAUGCUGUUGGGAUUAAUCUGAAUGCUCUAACGCAGCCUACUGUAGAUAAUCUCCUCAAGUCGUACUUUACAAGUGACAAAGGAUUACAUUACACUCACUUAAGCAUACCCAUAGCAAGUAAUAGUUUCUCGACAACACCAUAUUCUUAUGAUGAUGAGGACGGCGAUUUUGAACUGAAACAUUUCAAUUUGACAGAGGAAGAUUAUGAGCUAAAGAUACCAUAUAUCAAAGAGGCGAAAAAAUUAGCGCAGAACAAGCUUAAAUUAUUCGCGACACCAUGGUCAGCUCCAGGCUGGAUGAAAGUGUCAGAAAACAUGCUUAUUAAUAGUCCACUAAAAAAUGAUACGAAAUAUUAUCAAACCUGGGCUAAAUACCUUUCACGCUUUUUGGAGGAGUACUCAAAAAACGGUUUAAAUGUUUGGGCAUUAGCAGUACAAAAUCGUCCAUAUAGUAAUGCGACGAAAUCCUGGCAACAGAUGCGCUAUAGCACACAAACGAAAAGAGAUUUCAUCAUAAACUAUCUGAAACCCAUGCUACAAAAAUCUAAAUCCGGUAAAAACGUGGAGCUUUUGAUCUUUAAUGAUAUUUACCAAUUUUUACCCAGCGCGGUAGAUCAGGUCCUUAAAGACAGCCAAACGUCCAAUUUUACAUCUGGUAUUGCUGUACAGUGCGAUCAAAACAGUUUUAAUGAAGAUUCCUACACUGUAUUUUCAGAAGUGCAUAAAAAGCAUCCAGAGAAAUUUAUCCUCCUCACAGAGACCGCUGCUGGCCGACUGAAUCCAACACAUGAUGACUGGAGCAACGCAGAGAUAUACGCCAACAGUAUGAUUGGGAGUCUGCUAAAUUAUGUUUCCGGAUGGACCGAUUUUAACCUAUGCCUUGACCAAGAAGGAGGACCAAAUCUACUAGACCUCUCCGUCAGUGCGCCAAUUUUAGUCAACACGGCAGCUGAUGAGUUCUACAAGCAGCCACUGUAUUAUUUCCUAGCACACUUCAGGUACCGUCUCAUAUUUGAGCUUUCAAAAAUCCCAAGCUCACCUAGUGUAAACUUCUACACCUACAUAGCGAUUAAAAUAACUGCAUAACU